GAACGAAUAAGUCAACUUGGGAACGCAAACGCGCAUGUCACAUAUACUGGGCGACUCCCACCCUCACUCACGACAGCUCGCUUGGUAGCCAUCCGAUUUUUCUAUCUGGUUCACUGAAUGACUGGAUAUGGUGUAUGCUGUAUGCUGACACUUUGAACCAUGUCUCAAAAGUACUUAGUAGAUACACCAGACGACGGCGGUGACACCUUCACGUCGUUAAACGACAACGGCUUCCUCAUGCCCAACUUCCCCGACGGACAAGGUAUCGAGGGUGUUCCGUUCUGUGAGAAUACGCGACGAUGACGUCAUAAUUUGCACAUAUCCUAAAUCAGGAACCCACUGGGUGUGGGAAAUUACUAGAGAGCUCCUCACAGGGGAGAUAACCAACGAUGACGUCACGAUGAGCCAGACCUUCAUGGAAAUGGGGUCAGAGGAGAGAUAUGCCGACCUCCAGUCUCCCAGGAUCCUCAACUCCCAUUUCCGGAUGAAACAUCUGCCAGCUGACGUUCUAAAUAAGAGAAUAAAAGUCAUCACUGUUCUAAGAAAUCCAAAAGACGUAGCGGUCUCCUUUUAUAACUUCUUGAAAGGGGAUCAAGUGGUCAAAUACAAAGGAGAGUGGAAGAACUUUUUGAGACCCCUAUUCCAAGGAAAGUUUAUGUAUGAAUCAUGGAUGGACUAUGUUCUUGACUGGGAACUGGUGAAGAAGACCAAUCCUGAUCAGCCAGUGUUGACUCUGUUCUACGAAGACAUUAAGCAGGAUCCGAUGCGAGAGAUGAGAAGGAUAUGUGAGUUCCUGGGUGUAGAGAGAACGGAUGACUUCCUGUCCAGAGUCUGCGACAACACAACAAUGGCAGCCAUGAAGACUCACAAAUACACGGGAAAUGAUGCAAGGUCAAUCUUAUUUAGAAAAGGUGGAGUAGGUGACUGGAAGAACUGGUUCACUGUCGCCCAGAACGAGUGGUUUGAUAAGCUCUACCAGGAGAAGAUGGCUGACUGCCCCCUUCGGUUUAAAUACUCACUCUGAUUUACUGACACUGUACCUUAGCCGAACAUACGAUCAUAUGUUUCAGGAAGGCCUUUAGAAACAAUUCUACACAGCGGAUCGCGCACCUCACACGACCGUGAGCUUGAGGUAGAAAUCAUCAGUCUGGCGCGAUGAAUUUCAAAUAUAAUGACUCUGUGAGAAGGCCCAUAACAUAACACUGACAAUGCACCUUGAUUUUUUGUAUAUUGUGACACAAAGUUACAGUUGUUGUUGUGAUCAUGAUAGAAAUAUAUAUGUUUGUCAUCCCAACUUAUAUUUUUUUCUUAUCAGUGAAUGCAAAUCUUAACUCGCUCACAAUUACUCAUUAUCUUUGCAUCUAGCGAUGAAAAAGAAAGAUGAAGUGGAAACGUAGUUAGUGAAUGAGUUCAAACAACGCUUUUAACAAUAUUCCGUUUGCAUCUGAGCUUAAUGAA